UAAAAAAAAUUCCAACAUUUUCAAGGUCGAACGAAACCCCGAAGGCGCCAAAUACCACAACCCCAACCUACACAACACGCAGAACCCUGGUCGCUGCACUGUCUUCCACCAGAUCCCACCGCUGCAACACAACGCUGCCACGCGCCCCACCCGGCGACGACGCAACACCGGCGACGCUUAAGGCGGCCGCGGUAGCCGCUAUUUUAGAAAACCCCAUUGUUUUCGUUUGAGUGUGGGAGAAUAGAUGGCACCAGUCUUGCAGAGCUCUCAGCCAUGGGUCGAGAAAUACCGGCCAAAGCAAGUGAAAGAUGUUGCUCACCAAGACGAAGUUGUUCGAGUAUUAACAAACACCCUUGAAACCGGAAGUUGCCCCCACAUGCUCUUCUAUGGUCCACCCGGCACUGGAAAAACAACUACUGCCCUUGCAAUUGCCCAUCAGCUUUUCGGGCCAGAGUUCUAUAAGUCUAGGGUGCUGGAGCUGAAUGCAAGUGAUGAUAGAGGGAUUAAUGUUGUUCGGACAAAGAUAAAAGAUUUUGCUGCUGUGGCUGUUGGUACUAAUCAGCGUAAAAGUGAUUAUCCUUGUCCACCAUUUAAGAUUAUUGUUCUAGAUGAGGCAGAUUCAAUGACCGAAGAUGCUCAGAAUGCCCUGAGGCGUACAAUGGAAACUUACUCUAAAGUUACAAGGUUCUUUUUUAUAUGCAACUAUGUUAGCAGGAUUAUAGAACCACUUGCUUCAAGGUGUGCAAAAUUCAGGUUCAAGCCAUUAUCAGAAGAAAUCAUGAGCAGCAGGAUAUCAUACAUCUGCAAAGAAGAGGGUCUGUUUCUUGAUGCUGAGGCUCUUUCAACCCUGAGUUCUAUUUCUCAUGGAGAUCUUCGCCGGGCAAUCACAUAUUUGCAGUCUGCUGCACGCUUAUUUGGAUCUUCAAUUUCUUCAGAGAAUCUGAUUUCUGUGUCUGGGGUUAUUCCAGCAAAGGCUGUGGAGGCACUUCUUAAAGCUUGCAAAAGUGGUAACUUUGAUUUGGCAAACAAGGAAGUCAACAAUUUUGUUGCAGAGGGAUAUCCAGCUUCUCAGAUGCUUACUCAGUUAUUAGAGGCCAUUGUGGAAGAAAAUGACAUAUCAGAUGAACAGAAAGCAAGAAUAUCCAAAAAGCUGGGUGAAGCUGAUAAGUGCUUAGUUGAUGGUGCUGAUGAAUACUUGCAACUUCUUGAUGUAGUCAGCAAUGCAAUGAAAGCUUUUAGUAACAUGCCAGAAGGAUUUGCUUACGAGAGCUAGAUAUAGGAUAGUCAGCAUAUUGGAAGGAUCAAUUAUUCUGCUAUAUAGAAGAAAAAAAACUCAUGCAUUUAUGUAUCGCAAUUAGAUUUGGUGUCCAUUGUUAACUUGCUUUAUGUAGACUUGGAUUUUGAAGAAUUCAUCCAGCGUGGGUAUUUUGCACUCAAGUAAAUGGCCACAAGCAAUUAGACACUAGCAUAGCACAUUCCCAAGUACAAAAUUGACGCCGCUGCAGAUAAAGUGAAUAUAUAACGGAACAAUUUUACUGUGUUUGCACACAAAUAUUUUGAGUAUAAGCAGUCCUUUCCUCUCGAGUCUCAAUUCCAUUCCGUCAUACCAGAUAGAAUUCAAUGCAAUUUUUGAAUUUAA